ACGUCUUCGUAUGACCGAUACAUUCGGUCGUAAAUUGGUUGAGCAGUUGAAUUACCUGUGCGCCAGGUUCUGAAAUGAUUUGGCUGCUCUGGAAACUGAUAUGUGACUUGUGUUGGAAUUCUUUUUUGCCGCAACAAAUUCCUCCAGUUCAAGAAAUAGUUGUGUUGUUGUAGAAGAAUGACAUACCGCAGCCAUAUAGUCAGCCCAUCUCGAGCGUUCGAUCAUAUUUACGACCCGUUGUUCGUUGCUUCAGACAGAAAAGAUGUCUGUAAGGCUAACAAUGAGGCGCUCAAGCGUUCGGCUCCGAUCGGAAUUUUUCCGGUCUAUCAGACCAUGUUUAGUGAGUUACCACGGAUGACUCGGAAUCAUUACGUGUUGCAUCGCAAUCCUCUUCCAUACUAUCCGGAUGUUCAAGUGAAUCCUGAAUGUAAGUCAUCCUAUGCACCGGACCGGUCACGAAUCCUGGGAACGGAAAGGUCUAAGUUCUUCUGCCACCCGGCAGCAGGGGAAACUGGUGCCAUAAUAAAAAUGAGUGAAAAUGUUGACGAGUUUUGCCAUUGCGAUCAAUCAGUAGAACCCCGUUGCAAGGACGCUGCCUCACAGACUAUGUACCGAGAAUCGUCCGCACAGACCCAACCAUGGAUGCCAACCGCCGUCCUGAAAGACGCCGAUCUGGGUACGGCCGAGGUUGUCUAUGUGGCGGAAAUGCUGCAGCACACUCAAUAUCCGGGAGUGAAUGAAGUGGAAAUCAUUGAGCGAGCGAGAAAGAAACGAAACUGGGAGUACGCACUGGGUAGUUGUGAUUCCGCUGACGAGUGGGCCCAGCAACGGUUGACUCUUCAAAUUUUCGAGUGGGAAGAAUGGGUCGCUAGAGAGCGCCAAAUCGAUCGCUAUCAAAUGCUUCGCCUGCAGUUGGUAGCGAAAAUAAUGAACAAGCGGGAACGGGACACCCAGCUGGCCACUGAGAGCAAGAUGGAGAACACAAAGAAUCGAAUAAAUAUGGAACGGAACAAAGCCAUGGAGAAACUGAGGAUCAACUAUGAGCGCAGCGUGCGUAAACUGGAAAAGAAGCGUAUGGAGUGCAAGGCGAAGAAUUUCCACUCGCAACGCAGUGUAAAACCAGUGGAAAGCUCACUUGUGACGAGUUCGAAAAAGAAUUCCGGCAAAAAGUCGUAUAAUUAUGAUCCUAAUUUGAUUGAAGUUGGACUAACAAAACUUGAACGGAAGAUCACCGUCAGCCACAAGUUGAAGGACAUCAGCAAACAACGCCCGGAGCUGUGGAAACCAAAGGAAGUAUGUCGAGAGUUGCAGAAAGGAUUCUGGUCUGAUAAUUUCCUAAGGAAGCUUUACGAUGCGUUGAAACAUUUCCGUCACAAAAAAGAAACCCAACCAUCGGUGCCGGAAUGUUUAAUCGUAAUAUCUUCGCCGACGGAAAGCAGCGUCACUUCUCCGACUCGGUUCAGUGAGGGACGCGAAGACGAUAACCUCUAUCAACAGGCCAUUUUGCUGCAGAAACUCAUCAAAGGUCGUGCCACACAGGAAAUGAUUCACAAGGACUAUGCAGUCGAGCAUGAUUUGGUGGAAGAUUUAAUUGCCACCCAUCGGCUUCCGGUUGUGGAGGAAUUUUUCCCGAUUGCUCCAAUCAAAACGGGAAGUGUUCGUGAGAAGUAUCUUCACAUUUUGCGUAACGAGCAAUUGCUGGACGAAUUUGUUGAAAAUUGCACCCAUGCGCAGAUGACUUCCCUGAUGACGACGUUGGAGCGAGAGUUGACUCGACUACAGAACGAGCGUAACACACAGGCAUUUUACUUGUUGGCGGAACAGGAACGGUACUUUCGAGAGUCACGUGAAAUACGUCAUAGUUCCGAGAUGAAAUAUCAGGAUAACGAAGAAAUCGCUAUCUAUCUCGAGAAUGCAUUGCUAGAGAAGGUAGAGGGCGAUAACAUCGCGGAAACUCGCAACAAAAUCCAUGAUUUAGUGAAAAAGUUUGACUUCGAGGCCGAUAAACGCAUUAACUCCAAGGAGGAGACCGGUCAGAGUCAGGGAAGCAUUGCAUGUUGUUUGAUAGAUGAAAUGCUAAUGCCGGACAUUUUUCGUCGUUUGGCGCGAGAAAAUAUUAAAUUGAAGCAAAAGCCGCUGCUAGCGGAAGCACAUGAAGCGAUUUUCCAGCAGGUUGAUCUCAAACCGUUGGAUUCAGUUCCGGAGGAGGUGAUGCGAACGCUUCGAAGAAAAUCCGACAUUCGGCUCGAAGAAACCGUCGCGGCGGAGGAAACGGUGGAUGUUGAGACUCGUAGCGAGGGUCAGAUAAUUAUCGGUGAAAUUUUAAGUAACGUCAUUGAGAGUGCUCUGUCGGAAAAUGAGGUGGAGGAAAUACCGGAAGAUGAGACGAAAGACUUUUACGGGUUAGAUGAUGUUGGUGCUGAAGAAGGCGAGGAAGAAGAUGUGAGACAAAUUGCCGUUGGUUUGGUGGAGGAUAUUCUCACACAUGUUUACGAGGGGAAAGGCAAAAAGUAGUUUACAGUGAAGCAAACUUAUAU